AUGUUCGUUAGCAGUUUGCCUUUCCUACUUAUUGUCUUGCAAAUGAAAACAAUUGACAGCUUCGCAUCGACGUCAAGAAAGAUGCAGCGUGCUGAACCAUUAGCAGAUGACGACGUUUUGAAACCCGACGAAUUGUCCAAAAUCAAGAGUUAUUUGUUGUCAAUGAGCCAUAUGCACGACGAUGAACCUCAACCUCCAAUAAGGGAUCCAAGCGGUUACUGUCGUUCUUUCAAUAAUUGCUACGAAUGUGUGAAAAGUAUGUGGUUUCCAUGUGGUUGGUGUCAUAACUACGGAUGCACUGAAAAUCCUGGAGCACUGUGUCCCUUGGCGGAAACUAAAGCAGACAAAUCUAAUAUAAGUGGACAAAUUCGAGCUUGUCCACACAUUGAAAGUGAAGGUCCAGUAUUAGUUCCAGGCGGUGUUCGAGUAAAUAUAAAAGUCAAAGUAUAUAUCCCUGAUCCAGCGUUAUAUGAAAAAGACAUUAUUUGCCAGGUGAAAAUUGGAACUGAACUGAACCAUCUAAAAGGGUUGAUACUCAAAGAUGUUGUAUACUGUUACCCUGCUGUUUUGAAGUCGCGUUCCAAUGAAUUCGAGGACAAUGAUAGAGGAACUUUAAUGCUUAUUUGGGGUGGUGCUCAACCUUAUUCAAACAAGGUUCCUUUGAUUGUGUACAAUUGUGAAACGUUGGCGACGGAUUGUGAAUCUUGUAGGAUAAUCCCGUCCGUGUACGGGUGCGGGUGGUGUGACCAGACAGCUAAAUGUGUGAUGGGGGUCAAGUGCUCCAACGACAUGAUGCAAUGGACAUUAAAUAGAUUGACUUGUGAAAAUUAUGAUGGAUACAACAGUACUCUAGUACAAACUAGACUGUUGGAACGCAUUGACAGCAAUGGACGAAUCGAACAUGCGCUGCCAAAAUUCUCAACACCUAUGCUAGUGAUUGACAAACUAAGUGAGAAUGGACCGAAGAUAAAUACCGUUUGCGACUGUGGAGGAAAAAUAUACAAAGAUCGUGGUUUAUUCAGAGUUGUGAACGAAAACUUUUUGUUGACAUAUUCGCUAUCGACUAAAAGUGAUGAGAAAAAUAUACUAAUGGCCAGUGAAUUACCAACUAAUGAAGAACUUGUUGAUCUGAUUAAAGAAAUUGACGAAACUAAGGACCAAGAUGGUGUAAAAUGGUGUACUAAAGAGAUUUAUGCAAACUACCACUCGAAAGCGUAA